CCAUCCGCAUCGCAGGCCACCGCCGCCAGUCUGCCCUCGCCCGGCCAGUCAACCGCCUUCUCCCAGGCAGCCAGGCCAUCCGCGCCAAUCUCCUGGCCCUCAGUCGCCAAUCUUCCCCAACACCCGCCGCCGCAGCCAGGUCCUCGACACCCAGGAGGUCCCCGACACCCACACCAUACCACCACCCGACCCUCGAUCGCCAAUCUUCCCGACCGCCCACCAUGUCGGACAAGCAAAAGGGCAUGUCGCUGCGCAAGAAGCGCGGCGUCAAGAGCAAGAAGACGGCCCCGACCAUCAGCGCCCCGCGCCAGAUCAGCGCCCCCAUGCCCACCGCCCUGCCGCAGGCCUCGCGCCCGUCGCAGGACUCCGCCCGCGACCGCAGCCGGGGCCCGGACGACCGCCAGCAGCGCGCCCGCGCCGACCGCACCGCCGACCUGGUCAAGCGCCGCUACUCGCAGAAGGUCAUGCAGCUGCCCAGCGACUUCCCCGGCGCCGGCGCCCCGAUGCCCGCCCUGCCGCCGCUGCCCAGCCAGUACCGCGACCGCGACCCGAGCCAGACGCGCGACCGCGACGACCGGCCCGCCGACGCCCGCAGCCUGCGCGUCGACAUGCGCGUGCUGCGCGACCCCAACCUGCAGGCCGACCAGUACGUGGCCGCCAUGCUGGCCGACGCCUCCGAGGACGACAUCCGCCGCUACCAGGAGGAGCUGCGCAAGGCCAAGCACCGCACCUCGGUCGACCUGCAGAGCAACGUCUACCAGAACCGCACGCAGUUCAUCAAGAUCAGCAAGGAGGCCGAGAAGCUCAAGGGCGAGAUGCGCACCCUGCGCCAGCUCAUGGCCGACCUGACCACCACCCUCGAGCAGACGGCCUCGGCCACCGCCAACGACGCCGUCAGCGCCCGUCGCGCCAACCGCAGCUCCAUCGGCGACCUCAACCAGAUCCGCGCCGGCCAACUGCAGCAGCUGUACCGCGACGUCGAGGGCUCGCAAAAGUACCUCCCGCCCAUCCCGGGCCGCUUCAUCGUGUGGAAGUCGCGCCGCUGGUUCGAGCUGGACUCGGCCACCCUCAAGGCCCGCCGCCGCGUGCGCCUGCUGCUGCUCAACGACCACCUGCUGCUCGCCGCCGAGAAAAAGGCCCGCAACGACAUCGCCGGCCAGCGCGACCGCAACCGCUCGGCUGUCGAAUACGUCGCCCAGCGCUGCUUCGCCCUGCAGGACGUCCAGGUCUCGCGCGCCCCCGAAGAGCGCGUCAUCAUCCGCGUCGGCAACGAGUCCAUCACGCUCGACACCAAGCAGGAGGACACAGGCGACAAAAUCACCUUCCUGUCCACCUUCCGCAAGACCAAGGACGACCUGCGCAAGAGCCAGGAAGCUGAGGUCGAGGAAAAAGACCGCACCCAGGACAGCUACAACCACAUGCUGUCCCGCGACCCCGGCCUGCGCUCCCAAACCGAGCUCCUCGAGACCAUGAGCGAGGGCGUCUCCAACAACAACGCCAGCACCUUUGUCGACAUCGACGGCCAGACGCGCAACAUCCGCUGGGUGGAAGCGCAGCUCGACGACCUGGACAUUGAGAUAGCGCUGCAGCACUUCAGCGCCGCCGUGGCCAAAGUCGAGAAGCUCAAGGCCCUGAGCCAGAACAUGCGCGGCAACGAAAUGGCAAAGACCAUCGUCACCUUCAAGGUCAACGAGCGCGCCGCCCGCCUCGCCGCCGUCCUCGUCCGCCAGCUCGCCGACGGAAACGCCUGGAACGGGCCCGUCACGCAGCACGUCACGUGGGUCAUCCGGCUCGGCUUCGAGGACCGCGCGCGCGAGGCGUACCUCGACGCGCGCAGUGCCAUGAUCCGGACGCGUGCGCGACAGUGCACCUUCGAAGGCAACCUCCCCGACUACAUCUUCCAACUCUCCUCUAUCUACUUCCUCGCCCUCCGCAACACCGUCGCCACCUUCCAGUCCUGCUUCCCCCCGCCCCUCAUGUCCGCGUGCGUCAAAUGGGCUAAAGAACACGUCGACCGCUUCAAUGUCGUGCUCGAGCGCCAGCUCAGCAGCGUCGAGCGCGAGGGGGAGACGUGGAGGGAGUGUUUGGGGCUCGCGCAGGAGCAUGCAGGGUUGUUGAGGGAGGUGGGGUUGGAUUUCUCGGAGUUGGUGGGGAGGGGGGGGGAGGAGGGGCUGCUAAUAGGUGGGGAGAGGGGCGAGAGGGCGCCGGUGGGGUUGGGGGUUUCGUAG